AUGAGUGAAUCAAAAUUAAAAACAAUAAAUGAUGUACCAGUGGAUUAUGAUGUGAUUUCUCCUAGGUUUUCUAUUCACAAUAUUGAAGAACUUCAACAAGGUAUUGAAAAUCUCAAUGAACAUGGUUAUGCUAUAUUUAGUAAUAUACUUACUAAUGAUGAAAUUAAUCAUAGUGUGAAUUUGUUAUGGAAAUAUUUAGAAGGUUUACAACAUCCAUAUCAUAUUCAACGUAAUAAUCCAGAGACAUGGAAUGAACCGUGGCCAGGCACGCCUCAUCUUGGUCUGUUAAAUGAUGAAGGUAUGGGCCAAUCUGAAUUCAUGUGGUUUAUUCGAGGAAAUCCUAAUAUAAAAAAAGUUUUUUCUCAUAUUUGGAAUUCUAAUGAAUUAUUUGUUUCUUUUGAUGGAGCUAGCUGUUUUCGUAAUUGGCAUCUAAAUACAAAAUGGAGAACAACAAGUUCUUGGUAUCAUUGUUAUCAAAAUCCAUUUAAGAAACCUGACCGAUGUUCAAUACAAGGUCUUGUUUCAUUAACUGAUAGUGAUGAGUCUACUGGUGGUUUUCUUAUUGUACCUGAUUCACAUAAAUAUUUUAGUGAAUUAAAAAGCAAAACUAAUGCAAGUCUGUGGGAUGCUUAUGUAAGAGUUCCUGAGCAAUACCCAUUAUUUGAAAAAUUACAUCCUCGUUUAGUUAAAUGUAAAGCAGGUGAUCUUAUUGUUUGGGAUUCUCGUUGUAUUCAUUGUAAUACACCAGCUAUUGUUAACAGUGAAAAAAAUAAUCAAUCAGAAUUAUUACGUAUUGCCGCUUGUAUAUGUAUGAGUCCAUUAUCCAUGUUUGUACCGGAUAUGGGCAAGUAUAAAAAUUUAGAAGAAUUUCGUCAAUUGAGAGAAGAAUUGGUUCGUAAUAAAAUUACAUGUGCACAUUGGCCAUUAGAACUUGUUGUCGAGCAUCAAGAAUUAUCACAUGCAGGAAAAACUUCACUAAAACUGAAUGGAUUUCAACAUUCUCUUAUCAUAGGUACACAUGUUGAACCUGAAAAUGGAACAGCAGAGAGUAACUUUUAA